CUAGGGCUGUGCACGAAGUCAUCACUUUGAUAGGGAGUGGUUCAUCCGGCCUCGGUGUUUUUAACCACGUGGGGGAACAUUGGUUGUAUACGGACAUUUUCCAGGAGCUACGUGAAAUGAGUUUCAGCAGGCUAGUGUGAAUAUAAAAGAAUUCAUCUGUUGCCUCCUGUGAUCCCCUGACCACCAUGGUAUCAUUCCGUAGAUGGUCUCCGUUGCUUCUCGUGGUCGCCGGUGCCUUCUUAAUGCUGUUCUUUGAACAUGUGGUCCUUCCUCACUUCUUAUACAGGACAGCUGAUACUAGCCGGUCAUCCUCUUCCAAGACCACCCCCAGUACUGGUAAAACCUUGGUGUAUAGAUUCAAUGGAAGGAAAAUAGAACAACUUCAUGAUUUCUGCACAUGGUCAGUUAAUUUUGAUUGUGUUCCUCUGAAGUCACAAUCAGGGGAGACACCGAUCCAUAUACACGACAUAAUGGUUGAUCACUGGGUUUCGAAAGACAUAAAACUGAAGGGAGCGUGGGAACCUGGCAACAUCCACCUCGUUCUGUCAGAAUUAAAGAAGGACCCUGAACUUGGCUUCCUGGAUCUAGGAUCUCAUGUCGGUGCCUUCUCCCUGUCUGUGGCCAAGUUUGGGAGGAAGGUGGUGUCUGUGGAUCCGCUCAUAGAGAAUGUCCAGAGGCUGUGUAAGUCCAUCCAGAAAGGAGGCUUCACAGACAGGAUGACAAUCCUAUUCAAUCCACUUGGGGCUAACCAUUCCCUCGUGAGUUUCAAGCGCGAAGAUGGCAACGUUGGAGGGACAAGUGUUGUAGCACCCAACGGGUCUUCUUCUCAAUCCCCCUGUGACGAGUCCACUGACUCCUAUACUAUAACCCUAGAUGAUACGUUGCCCUACCUGCCUUUCAAGAAAGCAUUUCUUAAAGUGGACAUACAAGAGUAUGAAUAUUAUGUUCUCAACGGUACAGACAGAUUUUUCAAAGAGAUAGAAGUUCCUGGAAUUUUAAUGGAAUGGGUACUCAUGAAAUCCGACAUUAAUGGUAAGAACCUGGUUGAUUUGUUAUCUGGACUGAAGUAUUCUGCAUAUGAACCACGUAUCGGCGGCAGGAAAUUAGACCCGAAUCAGUACCAAAGCUGGCCAUUUGACGUCCUAUGGAAGAAAUAAAAGCAGUUAGACAUUCUCAGAUUCAGGAGUGAACAAGCAUCAUUUUCAUCUUAAAAGACCCAUGAAGAUUCCGGGGUAGAAUAGGUCUUCAGCAACCCAUGCUUGCCGUAAAAGGUGACUACGCUUGUCGUAAAAGGAGACUAACGGGAUUUGGUGGUCAGGCUCACUGACUUGGU